ACCUGAAAGCGGCGCCGGGGCACCGGGGGAAUAACUGAGACAGAGAGAGAGAGUUUUUUAUGUAAGUCUUGUUGGGGCAGACAUGGGAGCCCUCGCUCCGGUGGCAACUCAUUGGCUUCCCCAAGAUGAUCUUCUGCUUAAAAACGCCGUUGAGGCUGGUGCAUCAUUGGAAUCCCUUGCAAAAGGCGCAGUGCAAUUUUCUCACAGAUUUACUGUUCAAGAAUUGCAAGAUCGUUGGCAUACUCUUCUGUAUGACCCAGUUGUUUCUUUUGAGGCAUCAGUUCGCAUGAUUGAGUUUGAACAAUCUGCUCCAAUGGCACAAUCAAAAUUGAACAGGAUUGACAAUAAUAAAGAGGCAAAGUGCAUUUCAAGGAAGAGAAAAGCAAAAACUGUACGUAAAUGCUAUUAUACUAUGCGAAAAAGAAUAUGUAAUGAAUCUUUUGACUCGAUAGAUUUGAUAUUUCUGGAUGAAUCGAGUUAUGGUGAUGUUGGAAAUGGAAAUGGACCUACAUCUAAUGGUUUCCUGCUCGGAGAUCAAAUUUCAAACUAUUUUGGGAAUCAAGAACUAAAUUUUGGAGCUAUAGAUCAUUCUCUUGGAAAACUUGGAGUCAAUGAAGGCGGUUCAUGUGGUGAUGGCCUUUCCGCUGCUGCAUGUUGUACAGGAUUAAAUGAUCAUCAUAGAUUUUCCCCUGGUCAAGGCAAUCAGCCUCAAAAUCUUUGUCCUCCAUUUGACGAAAAUCUUUCUUUGACUGGGGAUCACAUUUCAAUUAAUGAAUAUGGCCCAUCUCAAGAAUUACAAGCUUGUAAUUUACUUCAAUCUUUGAAUGUAGAGGAAAAACCCCAAAACAUGUUUGGUCAAAGUGUUGAUAAAGAAGGAAACGCCUGUUCUGGAUCUACAUGCCAGGUGAUUAACUCAUCUUUAUCUGAUUGUGGUACUGUUUUACAGAGUUUGGGUUAUUGUUCUCCUAUCACUCAGAUGCCAGUUUUGAGUAGCAUUGACAACAUUUCAGCAUCUGCUUGCCCUGGUGUCUGCCUUGGAGAUAAUGAACAGCAUGGAGAAGAUGAACUUCUAAUUUUGGACGACAUUGAUGUCCCUUCAAAAUCUGAAAUAAAAGAUCAAACCAUGUCUGGUAUCAUGACUGAUUUCUCUCCUUGUGCUGAAAAUUUUUCUUCAAAUCAAACAAUAGGUGAUGAAAGGAACAUUUUGGCUCCAAAUGCUGAAGAGUAUUUUGAACAGUUAUCCAAUUCGUUGCUCAAUUUCACUUCUGAGGAUGAGCAACUUUUCAUGGAUGCUGAUGCUGAUGGGAAGGACAUCAUUGAUAAAUCUUAUAUUGAGAACUUAAGCUCACUCUUGUUGGAUUUUCCUGAUGGAAGUGAUGUACCCAGUCUAGGUCUAUCAGAAGCUUCAGUCGCUCCACAAGAAUGCCUUAAUAUUUCUAAUGCUGUAUACCAGGGACAGGAAUGCCUUGAUAUUCCUAGUGCUGCACCCCAGGGACAGGAAUGUCUUGAUAUGUCUAUCGCUGAACACCUUGGAGAUUCAGGUGAAAACAAGCAAUAUGAUUGUGGUGACGGACGACAAGUUUGGAGUGUGGAGGCUCAAAGGUUAUCUUCUGCUUUGACUGUGAAUCCUAUAUUUCCAGAACUGCGCAAUGGAGUUAUUUGCUGCACACUCAACACUGAAGACACUGAGAUUCCUGACAAUGACGAUGUUUUUCUUCCCAUUUGGAUGCCAUGCUCAUCUAUCUCUUUGAUAACUAAUGCAAAAUCUGAUGAAGCUUAUUAUCCCAUGACCUCAUCUGUGAAUGAUUUCUCACAUGGUGAAAAGGCUACUGCUGGAGUUAUGGUCAAAUGCGAACCAAGAAGCACCAGUAAAGUACAUGUGCCUCCCCAAGAAUCAAGAUUUCUAUCAGAAAUGGGUCAUAACCAUCAAUGUAAUGAUGACGGGCUUAGAUUUGAACUGCCUUGUAGUGAUGUCCCACAUGUUGCACUCAAGAAGACAGGUGGUAGUGAGUGUCCAAAUGGUGCUAAUAUAAAACAUUUAAGCAACAAGGAUAUCAUCAACGAAUCUCUUAACAAUGGUUUGAUGAAGCAAGCAGAAAACAGUGAUCAAAAUGACAACUCUGGUGAUUACGACAGACAAAAGAAAGCUAUCGUCUGUAAGCAGGAAGGAGAUUGUAUAUCUCCUGUUCAGAUAAGCGAUGAUAUACAUGCAGAAUUGUACUCCAUAGGACAGAUAGUUCCGAAUCAAGCUGUAAAUUGUGCUUUAUCUGAUGAGGAAGAGUUUUCUUGUGAGAGUGAUGAUGAUGUGCCAUAUUUUUCUGAUGUUGAAGCAAUGAUCCUCGAUAUGGAUUUAAGUCCUGAUGAUCAGGAUGUUUAUCACAGUCCAAGAGUCUUAAGAUACCAACAUGAAGAUGCAAGAAAAACAAUCAUAAGGCUGGAGCAGGCUGCAGAUGCUUGUGUGCAGAGAUGCAUUGCAGCUCAGGGAGCACUUGCUGUUCUAUAUGGCCGCCGCUCAAGACACUUCAUAAAGAAACCCGAGGUGUUACUGGGGAGAGGAACAAAAGAUUUCAAAGUUGAUAUUGACUUGGGAAGGGAAGCCCGUGCAAACAAGAUUUCCAGACGGCAGGCCACUUUAAAGAUGGAGAUUGAUGGAUCAUUUCUUUUAAAAAACCAUGGAAAAUGUCCAACUUUUGUUAAUGGCAAAGAAGUACUGCCUGGGCACAAUGUCAACCUUAUUUCUGGCUGUUUAAUUGAGAUGGGGAGAAUUACAUUUGUAUUUGAGACAAAUAGAACUUUGCGUAAAGCAUAUCUUGAUAAUAUAUGCGGUAUGAAGUCAGACCUGGGAUCGCAAGACAUGGAUUGAAACAAGUACUGGAAGGUGCGCGUUUCCUUGUUCUUUAGCAGCAGAUUCCUGAAAAUAGGUUCUAAAUACCUUUAUUAUAUCAGCACUUGUUCUGAUCUCUACCUUUUGUAGCCCACUCUGCGUGGAAAUAGUUUCUUUUUCUCUGAGCAGACGCAUAAAUUCCAAUUUUUGUCCACCAAAAAUCCAAUCUCACCUUUCAUUUGUGGGUUUGGGACCAAAAAUUUUGCUUUGCGUGUCAUAUGUUGGUGGCUAUUCAAAAACAGACGCUGCGUGCACAUUGACUACUUGGCGAACAAAACCAAACCGUGAAUGGAAGUUGUCCAUAUUCACAUAAUCAAAGUUUUGAUAUUUCUUGUUUAUUUAUUUGUU